AACUUGGAAAGCCAUUGUAAUUUUUUAAUUUUUUACGAUUCGUAAUUUCGGUUAAUUCUUGUUUUCUCUGGAUUUUUAUGUUAGGUUUUGCAACUGAUAUCAAUUUAAUUAUUUUACCAAAUGUAUUAUUUUUCCUUCUAGGGGCAAGGCAUUCAUUUAUAUAGAUUCAGUAGUGUUCUAUCUCUAUUCGAUAAGUAUAGUCAUUCAUGUAACUCCACGAAGGCUAAAUAAUAUUCAGUUACAACUAGGAAGAAUCAAAAUAAAAAAAUAGGAUUCUAAACAGGAAUAGAUACUGCUCUUUCUAGAACGCUAGCUAUGUGUCCAAAAUGGUAUCUUCUUGCUCUCAUGUUCUUUGAAUCGGUUUAUAGAAGUAGUUGUUAAUUUGGGUGGUCCAUUGACAUGGUCUGCCAUACAUGUUCUUGGUAUCGCUUCUUGUUCUUGCGUUUGCAAAGCAUACAAUACUCUCUUUUUUUUUGAACUUAAUCAAUUCAUCUUACAUGUUCUGUUUUUUGAGUGUUAUGUUUUUUUUUCAGGAACAUACUCGGCAAAACUAUGAACGUUUCAUGGCAGAUCCUAAAGAUCCGGUAAGAUAACAAAGCAGAUCCUAAAGAUGCUAAAAUCUGAUCUCCCAAAGCCAUAUCCAACAUAUCGAUCUCUCCCACUUGAAAUUAAAAAACGUUGGUUCAGAGCCUUUGCGCAAGAGUUCAACUGGGACCCCAACAUCACAGAGUAUGUUCGCACACACUACAACAAGCAAGCCAAAGCAUCUUUCAAAGCAAAUGUUCGUGAGUGGAAGAAAACAUGGAAGGACAAAGGUCCUGAGAACUUACCGGAUUGGAUGAAGGCAAAGAAAAGUCUAUUUGAUGGUUACAUCAGGAUGUGGACAAAUAAGAAAACCAUAGGGAUUGCUGCCCAAAACUCUACCAAUCGGGGAAGUACAAGAGGUGGUUUAGGGGUGGCUAAACACAACAAUGGUGCAAAAACAUAUGAACGACGUUGGGAUGAGAUAACAAUUGAGCUAGGAACAGAGCCUAAUAUGAUUCAUUUCAUGGAACAAACACACUUAGACAAAAAGACCAGAACCAUUAGCGAUAUGAAGACAAAACACUAUCUUGAUAUGGCUUCUAGUCAGGUGGAGCUCAUCCAAUCUCAACGGCAACCUGAUGGUGAUGCUUCGCUUCAAACAAAUCCUCUUACACGAGAGGAGAUUAACUCUAUUAUGCGUGGUAUUGUUCCGAAGGUUAGAGGAAAACGUUAUGGGUUUGGUAACCUUCUUGACGAUGAAUGCCCGUCUUCCUCUUCAGCUCCACGACAGAUUCCUAAAUUACAAGAGGAGAUUCAAACUUUGAAGGCUAGAGAACUGGAGAAGGACGCUCAGACCAAGUAUCUCAUGGAGUGCAACAAACUCCUUGUAGGUCGGUUUCCUGAUCUACAACCACCUGGCUGCCCGGUGACACCAACCGUCGAAGACGAUGAUGACGCAACACAACCUUAGAAGCAGGUCUCCAGGCAAGAAGUUUUUUGGUAGUUGAUUUUCAACUGAAGAUGUAAAAUUGUAUGGAUUGAAACUAUUUUUGGUACUGUUUUUGGAUUUAAUGAAAUAUGUAUUCCUUCUA